AUGUCGCAGCGCAUGGAGAAGCCCAUCAACACUCAAGCCGGACGCCAGUAUUGGCAAGCGAGCAGCGCUGACGAUGAUGGUAUGCUGGGAGGCGUGCUUUCGCAGCAAGGCUUUUCUUCCGUCUCCCGAAUUGAUCUGCAAGGCUCCCGAACAUUCUUGGCAAGGCUUGGGGUCGGAACCAAGCGUGGUCGCAAGUCACUGGACUGCGUGCUCGAAGGCGGUGCAGGCAUCGGAAGGGUGACCAAGGGGCUGCUCCUGAAUGUGGCAACGAACGUUGACAUUGUGGAGCCUAUUGUCAAAUUCACAGACCAGAUCAAAGGACAUGAAGGCGUUCGGCAUAUCUUCAACGUGGGCCUUGAAGAAUGGGAACCUCCUGCGGAUGUCAAGUACGACUUGAUCUGGAUGCAAUGGUGCCUCAGCCAACUCACAGAUGCGCAAGUAGUCAAAUACUUGGACACUUGCAAGAGAAUAGUCACUUCACCGUCGACCUUGGUCGUUGUCAAGGAGAAUCUCAGUACAAGUGAUGAGGAUAUCUUCCACGAAGAGGAUAACAGUGUCACAAGAACGGACGCGAAAUGGCGUCAAAUCUUCACAGAAGCGGACAUGGUCAUUGUCAGCACAGAGCUGCAAAGAGGGUUCCCCGAGAGUGGGGGCCAAGCGCUGCUUCCUGUGCGAAUGUAUGCGUUGAGGGCAAAGCAGUCCAAUCUCUGAUUCACUCGUUGGGGAGAUUUUGAGACUGAUGAGUGACUGCGGAGGUUGUUGCAAACUUGCAAAAGGAAUGAGAUUGAGAACAUCAGAUUCCUGUCGAUCGCGGAGCUUUCUUUCCGACUCACAAUACGACGGCCACAAAUUCACAGCUCGAAUACUUCGCC